AUGAAGCUUCAACACGUCGCCUUUCUCGUGGCUGGCAUUUUGCCUGGCGCACUCGGGCUUGAUGCUCCCAUCGAAGGGUAUGGAGUGGUUGUGCCUGAGUGGGAGAUUGAGGUCACUCCGGGAGGUCCUACAGCCGUACUCAAUGGUACGGUAGAGGAAAUCCACGAAGAUCUCCUUCAGUUGAACCCCAACUGGGAUGAGGAGUACAUGUCGAACUCUACCGAUACUGCCGGCGGCGCUUCGAAGCGAGAUGGCGACUCCCAUCUGUUUAGCCGGACUGACUUUAGAGGGUCCAAAUACACGUGCCGUGGUCGAUGGCCAGAAUGCCACCCUAACCCUAUUCAGAGGGGAAUAGAGUAUCUCAGGUACGUGCAGGGUAGGCCCAGGAAUGGCCCAGGUCCCGGGAACUGUGGCCGGGUAAGCUGCUCUUACAACGCCGCGAUCUGGUGGUGCAACGAUAACACCAGCGCAAAAACUCUUGCUGGAUUUGGGAGCAUUGCGGACGGGGCUGAGUAUAUCGUCGAUAAUUGCAUGCGGUGGCACUGGGUCAAGGGGGGUUACGUGAGCGCCGUAGCGGGCCAAGUGUUUCAUAAAACCAAGUGGAAUGUUAUAGUGAGGAAGGAUAAAUGUUAG